UUUCUCUCUCUCUCUCUCUAGUCAACCUCUCGAUCUCAUGGGGCGAAAGCCGGGAGAUCUGGGAAGCAAUGGCGCUCGCCGGAGACUGUGGAUUGUUCUCUUGGUUGGUUUCAUCCUCUGCUAUCUCGGUUACAUGGCCUUGUCCCCGCGAAGCAUGGCCUUGAGCUCCUCCUUAUCCGCUAAGAAUGCUGAGGAGGAUGAGUGCUGCCGGGGUGUUGAUGGGAUGGAGCUUUGGGGGGCGGCGGUGAAGUGGGGGACCGAUCACAAGGUCAAUACGUCGAAAGAUUGUUGCUUGGCGUGCAAGGAAAUGUGUGAGAGGUCUGAUGGGCCUUGCCUUUGUGAUUCUUGGGUGUUCUGCGGGGAUAGAGAGAGGUGUGGGGAAAAGUUUGGGGAGUGCUGGUUAAAGAAACAAAAAGAUAUCUUGAGUCCUGAUGUGAAACAGUCUGAUGAAAAUGGUAUGUGGACAUCUGGCCUUAUUUUCGGAAAAGGAGAGGGAAUUAUUGGCUUGGAAACUGAAUAUGGAACUCUUCAUAUCAAACUUCUUCCUGACUGUGCCCCCCAUUCAAUGGCUUACAUUGUUCAGCUAUUGGGAUCACGCCACUGUGCUGGUUGCCAAUUCUAUCGUGCUGAGGGGAGAGGGAGUUCUUGGGAUUCCAAAGGGAACCACAUACAAGAUGCUUCAUUAGGUCCACCAUAUGCUCUGAUUCAAGGAACACUAGAAGCCGAAGGAGUCCCAUUCAAGAAUGUCCCAAUCGAGGCAUGUCGAUCAAUAAGAAGAGGAUCGGUUGCAUGGGUCGGAUCAGGGCCUGAGUUCUUCAUCAGCCUUGCUAAUCAUGACGAGUGGCACAAAACAUACACAGUUUUCGGCUCUGUUUUGUCAGAUGACAUGGUCAUUGCAGAGAAAAUUGCACAGCUUCCCACAAGAUCAGACCGGUGGGGCAACAUCGACGUCUCUGUGUUGGAGAAACCGGUCAAAUUAAAGCUCAAAAGAGCCACAGAAAGCCAUGGAGAUCUCAACCUCAAAGCAAACUGAAAAUCCAGGUUCAAAGUGAAUCUUGAUUGCAGAAUCAACUCUCCAUCAACUUCAUCAAGUUAAGCUAGACAAAAUAGACAACCAAAUGCAGAGAAAUCACUGAUUCCAUCUUGUGUCAUUUGUCUUCCAAUCCUGCCACCACUUUUUAUUUUAUUUUAUUUUCUGUUCUUCCUUCUCUCAUUUGUGUUUUGGAUGGAAUAAGAAUUUCCUCAUGGUUUCUGUACACUGUACUUAGAGAAUUACCAUUGUGGGAUUUUGUAGAGAAAUAACCUUUGGAAAGCAUUGUUAUUGCCUCUC